GUUUUUUCUGUAUGCUCUUUCUACUCCCACACACUUUCUCCCUACAUAAAACCCCUCUCAUUCCUUUGUUCUUCGAAAUCCCUAAAAUUUCAAAACAUUCUACAAUGGCUAAAACCGUUUCGAUUUUGUUCCUCUUUGGAUUAUCGCUCUCUCUCCUUGUGCUGCUUCCUUCUCAGAUCUCCGCUGAGGAAUCUGAGGCAAAGGAAUAUGUCCUUACAUUGGACAACUCUAACUUCCAUGACACUGUUAGCAAGCACGAUUUCAUCGUUGUUGAGUUUUACGCACCUUGGUGUGGCCACUGUAAGAACCUUGCACCUGAGUAUGAAAAAGCUGCUUCUAUCUUGAGCAGCCAUAAUCCUCCAAUUUUUUUGGCUAAAGUUGAUGCCAAUGAGGAGAAGAACAAAGAAAUCGCUACACAGUAUGAAGUUAAGGGAUUCCCAACAAUUAAAAUUUUGAGAAAUGGUGGAAAGAAAAUUCAAGAUUACAAAGGUCCCCGUGAAGCUGAUGGUAUUGUCGAAUAUGUGAAGAAACAAAGCGGUCCUGCAUCAACAGAAAUUAAAUCUGCUGAUGAUGCUAGUGCUUUUAUUGGUGAAAAGAGUGUUGUUAUUGUCGGCGUUUUCCCUAAAUUCUCUGGUGAGGAGUUUGAUAAGUUCAUCGCAGUAGCCGAGAAGUUGCGUUCUGAUUAUGACUUUGGUCAUACUCUGGAUGCCAAACACCUCCCAAGGGGAGAUUCAUCAGUGUCUGGCCCUGUUGUUAGGUUAUUUAAGCCAUUUGACGAGCUCUUUGUAGACUCCAAGGAUUUCAAUGUUGAAGCACUAGAAAAAUUCAUUGAAGAAUCCAGCAUCCCCGUUGUGACUGUCUUUAACAAUGACCCAAGCAAUCACCCUUAUGUUUCAAAAUUCUUUAACUCUCCCAAUGCAAAGGCAAUGUUGUUCCUCAACUUCAGUGCUGAAGGUGCUGAACCUAUCAAAUCAAAAUACAGUGAAGUUGCUGAGCAAUACAAACAACAGGGAGUAAGCUUUCUUGUGGGAGAUGUUGAGGCCAGUCAAGGUGCCUUCCAGUACUUUGGACUCAAGGAAGACCAAGUACCUCUAAUUAUUGUUCAGAAUACUGAUGGGAAGAAAUUUUUCAAACCCAAUUUGGAAGCUGAUGAUGUUCCAACUUGGUUGAAGGCAUACAAGGAGGGAACUCUUGCACCAUUUGUCAAGUCUGAGCCUAUUCCUGAAACUAACAACGAGCCUGUUAAAGUGGUAGUUGGGAAAACUCUAGAGGACAUAGUUUUCAACUCUGGGAAGAAUGUUUUGCUUGAAUUUUAUGCUCCUUGGUGUGGACAUUGCAAACAGUUGGCUCCAAUUUUGGAUGAAGUUGCCGUCUCAUACCAAAGUGAUGCUGAUGUUGUUAUUGCAAAACUUGAUGCUACUGCCAAUGAUGUCCCUAGCGAAACCUUUGUGGUUCAAGGCUAUCCAACAUUGUACUUCAGGUCAGCCAGUGGAAAACUAUCACAAUACGAUGGUGACAGGACAAAGGAAGCCAUCAUAGAAUUUAUCGAAAAGAGCCGGGAUAAACCUGCUGCAGCUGCUGCUGCUGCUGCCGCUCAGCAAGAAGUAGAACAACCAAAGGAUGAGCUUUGAAAGGAAAGGAGUUGUUCCUCUUUGAGAAUAUAGGCACACAGUUUUACCUGCGGUCUCUACAACUGUUUUGCAUCUCAGAAUCAGAAGUUAGGAAAUCUUAGUGCCAAUCUAUAUUUUGUUUUUCAUUUUAGCUUUUCAGUUACCUCUUAUGUAAUGUAAUACUAAAUAAUAAUGGGAGUUUUGGCGAGUUUCUGUAACAAAACCAAUUCGAGAUAAAUUAGUUUUUUUGGACAAAAUUUAAGUGUUAUUGCACAUCAUUCAUAACCAA